AUGGAACGCAUUCACGAUAUGAUGAUUCGAGCUGGAGCUGGAGGAGUAACUGUGUACCAUUUAGAAACGUAUCUUCGUUUGGUGGAUUCCUGCUACGACGAAUUCAACCUAAUACAAAACGAGGUCUAUGUGGAAUUUCCUGACCUGCGGGAAGAGCAGGAAAUAAAGUUCAUUGAUUUCGAGCAGGAUCUUCGCGUGGAAAUUUGCACUGCUCUGGAAACAUUUCGUAAGAAGCAGAUUGUGCCACAGGUUGCAUUGCCAGCGCCCGUUCCUGUCGCUCUGGGACAGCCUGCCAUCGCCAACCAAGUACCCGGAUUACCUCACGUCCCGUUACCAUCUUUUGAUGGGACCUACGAAAAGUGGUUUCGUUUCAAGCAGCUGUUUCAAGAUUUGAUGCAGAAGUAUCCGGGCUUGUCGGACGCAACAAAGCUACACUACCUGACGCUGGAAGGAAAGGCGGAGAAUGUCAUAAACGAGCAAAUCCUCAACGAAAACAACUUUGACGCUGCGUGGAAUGUGCUCGUAGAGAGGUUCGAGAACAAGCGCACAAUCCUUGACUUACACACGCAUGGAAUCAUAAACCUCCCGAAAAUGAAGAAUGAAAGUGCGGCAGAGUUAAGAAAGCUUGUGGAUGAAUGCAGCCACGAAUGCGGCACGUAG